AUCUUGUAGCUCCGCCCUCGAUUAUUCAGCCUGCUCAACGUGCGGUUGCUGCGCAGCGUGAAGGCAGAAGCGUCCGACUCGGAUCGGAGGGAGACUGGAGGAGCACAUAUUAAUGUUGUUGUAGCGGAAAGUACCUUCGCUGCAGAUUCACACGCUGCGACCUCUGGAUUUAAAAACACUGCCUCUCAGGUCUGACCAAGAGGAAGGACCGCGCAGAGAGGGAUACAAACAGGUUGUAUUCUCACACUGCGAGAAGAAGUUUGUACGCGUAGUUUGAAGAGUAGUUCCGGCUGGGCUGACUGAGCUAGCCUGGCUGCCCGCUGCGCCUCCCUCCUGCCCCGGCCAGCCAGCCAUAAGUUAGCCCGCUACCUUGCUCUUCCUCCAGCUGUUGGUGAAUCAUGGCGCUCAGAGCCAAGGUGCUGUACGACUUCAACUCUGAAAACCCCGGGGAGGUGUCGGUGAGGGAGAGCGAAGUCCUAACUUUGUACAGCGAACAGGACAUUGACGGCUGGUUUGAGGGGGUCAACAGCAAAGGGGAGAGGGGUCUGUUCCCCGCGUCCUACGUGGAGAUCCUGAGGAACGACGCCGCCUCCACGAUCAACAACAACAGCAACAGCACAUCUGGGGAAACUAAACCGGACUCCCAAUACGCCAACAUCCCACCCGGAGGUUUUGACGGCUCUUAUAAACCUCCGAGUAAAGUUGAGAACUUUUCUAAACCGUCUGCACCUAGUUUCGCCUCUUUCUCAGCCCCCACACAACAACAGCAGCAGCAGCAGCAGCAGCAGCAGCCCAGCCAAGGCAGCGAUGAUGACUGGGAUGAUGACUGGGAUGACAGUUCUACUGUUGCAGACGAGCCAGGGACUGUGGGAGGAAGGUAUCAUGACUUUGAAGGCAAUGGGCCAUCCACUUACAGAGUGUCAACAUCCGCAAUGUCAAGAGGUAAUGCACAGCAAGCAAAGAGCUCUGCCACGGUUAGUAGAAACCUGAACAGGUUUUCAACCUUUGUGAAGUCAGGAGGAGAGGCGUUUGUGCUCGGGGAGGCCUCGGGCUUCGUGAAGGAUGGGGAUAAGAUCUGCGUGGUGAUGGGUCAGUAUGGACCUGAGUGGCAGGAGAACCCGUACCCAUUUGCUUGUUCCAUUGACGACCCCACCAAACAGACUAAGUUCAAGGGCAUGAAAAGCUACAUGUCCUACAAGCUGACACCCACCCAUACACAGAACCAGGUGAACAGGAGGUAUAAGCACUUUGACUGGCUGUACGCUCGGCUGGUGGAGAAGUUUCCCGUCAUCUCAGUGCCGCACAUCCCGGAGAAGCAGGCCACGGGGCGCUUUGAGGAGGACUUCAUCUCCAAGAGGAGGAAAGGCCUCAUAUGGUGGAUGAACCACAUGACCAGCCACCCUGUCCUGGCCAGGUGUGAUGUUUUCCAGCACUUCCUCACCUGCAACAGCACAGACGAGAAGGCCUGGAAGCAAGGUAAGAGGAAGGCGGAGAAGGACGAGAUGGUUGGAGCCAACUUUUUCCUCACCAUCAGCCCCCCUGCCGCUCCGCUCGACUUCCAGGAGGUCGAGAGCAAAAUAGACGGAUUCAAGACUUUUACCAAAAGGAUGGACGACAGCGCCUUGCAGCUCAACGCCACCGUCAACGAGUUUGCCCGCAAGCAGAUCACCGGCUUUAAGAAGGAGUAUCAGAAAGUGGGGCUGUCAUUCAAGGUCCUGAGCCAAGCCUUUGAAAUGGACCAGCAGGCAUAUUCUGUCGGACUCAACCAGGCUAUCUCCUUCACUGGCGAUGCAUAUGAAGCCAUUGGAGAGUAUUUUGCUGAGCAGCCCAACAAGGAUCUCGACCCCAUCAUGGAUUUGUUAGCUCUUUACCAGGGACACCUGGCAAACUACCCAGACAUCAUCCAUGUGCAGAAAGGAGCCCUGACGAAGGUGAAAGAGAGCCAGAAGCACGUGGAGGAGGGCAAGAUGGACCGAGCGCAGGCCGAAGACAUCGACGAUCGCUGCAACAUCAUCUCUUGCGCCACGCUGGCCGAGAUCCAGCACUUCCACCAGAUCCGCGUGCGCGACUUCAAGGCCCAGAUGCAGCACUACCUGCAGCAGCAGAUCGCCUUCUUCCAAAAAAUCACCGGCAAGCUAGAGGAGGCUCUGCAGAAGUAUGACGACGCGUAAUGGACCGCUCGUCUCAGCCCGUCGGUUUAGACCUCGAUGAUCAAUGACACGUGCAUCUCCCUCUGCCAGCCAGUGGAGUUUUGGCAAACAGCAGCCGGUGUCACAUACUGGUGAAUGCUGUUCCACCAGCAGGGACAUUCAAGGAGAUGACGCUCCAGUAAUAAUGACAUUUCAACCUAAUCCAGGUGUCUGUGUGCGUUGGCCACAUUUUUGAGGGGACUGGAAGUUCUUGUAUGAAGAGAGGACGUUUAAUUGAAUGAGGUUAACUUGUAAUACAAACCGUUACACAUGUAAUGAGAAUCAAUGAUAAUGAUGAUGCAUCACUUUGGUGAAUUAAAUAUAAUUAAUGUUGCGACCCGCAGAGAGAGAGAACCUUGUAUCUGCUGCUGCGUACACACACAUUUCAUACACGUGUUUUUAGCCUUACAACACUGCUUCUGAGUGUUUCUGAGCGACGGCCACUGCAGGAGCAGCGAUGCUCCGGUGGGCUCACACACUGCCUUCUGGAAACACUCAAGCCCUCCUAUCGCUCUUCUUGGACAAACAGGACGAAAUGUUUACAGUCUCCUCGCUGAGCCGCCACUGUCACCACUGUCUCGCUGUGCCUUCUGAUCACGUCACUCUGGUCAUUUUUGUUACUAGUAGUUACUAAAGAAAAGCUUUAUAUACUGUAUAUGUAGAAAUAUAUUCUAUUUGUUUUUACAAAGCUAUACAUUUUGCAGUCUUUGAAAGAAAAAAAAGAUUACUGUGUUUUGAACGAGGGCGGUGUCUUUCAUGGGAGAUGAUAUUGUUAGAUUAUGCCCCCCCCCCCACUGGCCUCAGCAAUGAUUUUUAACACUCAGUGUGACAAAAUCAGGAUCAAGAGAGGAUUACCUGCUUUGACAAUAGGAACCCUAACCCUUACACAGAGCACAGCCAGCACUGCAGAAUUGAAAGGAGGAGUAUGAUGGACACUUGCUAUGAAUACCUGAAUGUUUGUGUUUACAAAACGUUGGUUUUCAGGCUUACAUUUGGGGCAGUGUUCAGGCUGUUAGAGGGUAGAGGGUUCCUCGCCUGUUUUAAUAAUGCAGUCUUUUUAAAAACACACUUCUAGACAGCUCAACUGUACUGCUGUUUUUAAUCUUUAUGAUGAUGGUUGCAUCAUAAAGAGAUUAUCAUAGAAACAGAGACGUAAAUAAAUUCCUCCUUCACAGAAAGCUGAUGGUUGGUCCUGUGUGUUUUGUCAAGUACUUUAAAUAUGUAAUAACUCAUCUUUUGAUGUUGUUUGUGGGAUUUGGACUGAAUAUGUCGGACUCCUUCAGUCCAGAGUCUGAAUACAGUGAACGAUUGGGGGGGGGAAAGACAAUAAAGAAACUGUGCAUGUGCUGACAGGUUAACUUUCCUUUUAACGGCCCAGUGCCUCAGAAACUAUAGGAUUUAUAUGAUGUUAGAAAGACAAAGAGAGCAAACUGUGCGGCUCUGCAGGUCUCCUUGACUGCGUCCCUGGAGGACCGGUGUGCCGUGUCAGUGUUUCAUGCUAAGUUCACGCUCGCUUCGCAGAUCUGCUGACGGUGCAGAACCCGGCCAGCCAUCUGGGACAUCUGGCCACUGUUGAAAGUGCUGGAGCGUAUGACAGUGGACACGUAGUCAACAGGAAAAGGUCAAAAAGUAGUUUUCCUUAGCUGUCAUCUCAACCACCUAUAACUAAGAGGCAGAGGCUUCUUGGAGAUAAGAUGUUCAGACAGUCGUCCUCUCUGCACAUCAACAGUUGUGUCCGUUGCUGAUUUGCUUUGUUUACUCACUUACUGUUCAGCAGAGCAGUGUUUUGUUCUUUGGCCCGAUAAGAAUCCAGUUUGACAGAUGCGAUGGUGAGCAGGAGAUAACAAAUAGCAGCAGCUUAUAUCACCGCUGGGUCUUAAGAAGCAACCACCCAGUUCUGUAAAUAUGUUUAUAUGUUAAUAUGUUCACACCAACAGAUUAUCUAUGAAGACCUCCCCCCCCCCCCCCUCUCUGCUCUGUCCUCUUCUGCCGCUGCUUGAAACCAGAAUACAGAAAUACUGAAUGAAAAGGUUUCUAACUGCAUAUUGUCCAGCCAAGGUAUCUAAUAUAUGGCACAUUUGAUCAUGUAUUAAUGAAAUGCAUUGUGAUACUACUCUGUAGUGUGAUAAAAUGUAACACAGUA